AUCGAGUUAACAAUUCACAUUUUUUAUUUCGAAUAACUAUUUACUUAAAUAUUCUAAAUAUAAAUUAUAAUACAGUGAUCCGUUUUAGUUUAAUAAAGAAAAUUGAAUUAUAUUAAAAUAAAAAGAAUUGCUUUGAUUUGAUAGUGUUUUUGAGAACCUACGAUGUUUUGGCGAUUUCUGAUAGUCUUUGGAGUAAUUUUGCAAACAAUGUUUGUUUCGCCAAUUUCUGAGGGUGAUUCUGAUGAUGAAGUAUUGCAUUUGAUCGGCGAUCCAGACUUUAGAGAUGUUCGUCUUAGAUGGGAGUACGGAUUGGCUGAAGAAGAUCCUAAAAAAGUAAUCGCUUUCCAAAUACACUACUGCGAGCUACAAGCAUGGGGACAAUAUCGCUGUAGAAGUAAGGUCGUAGACAAUUUCGAAGAGGAGAGAUCAGGCAGAGCGCUGGAAUCGACUACAACAGCGAAGACCCCAGUGGUCGGCCGCCGUGGUCGUCUUUACACGGCUUACAUCACCGGUCUGCGGAUGGCUACCACCUACUCCUUCGAAGUGCGACCUGUGCGACGCGACGCGCGAGAUCUAGCUGAUCAUCAAUCCAUUGGUUCUAAAAUAAUCAUCGUACCCACUAAAGGAUUUUCAGCACGUGCGACACAGUGUUUGCCUCAUGCAAGCGAAGUUGAGGUAUCAACUGGUCCAUAUUUCGGAGGUCGUAUUGCUGUGGAAGCGGCAGAUGGAGGCCCUGAAAGAUGCUCCAUACAGGGCAACCCCAAUAGCGCUCAGGAUGCCUAUAUCUUGCGGAUCCAUCACGACGAAUGUGGCUCUGAUGUCAACGAGACGACCGUAGCAACCUAUGUCAUUGUGCAGGAGAAUCUCCCGAUAUUAACGCAUAGUACACGAAGAUUUCUCGUUCUAUGCAGUUACAAGCCUGAUACUCUGACCGUUCGUGCAGGCAUUAACCUGCCGAAGUCAAGUCCUGGUGAUAUCCUGAUGGAGACGAGACCGCACGCCUCCGUAGAACUCUACAACGAUAUUGAAGACAAUGAUCUUCAACCCGCACGACUUGAGGCCCGCCAAGAGAAAUCAACCCAGAGUAUGUUCGGCGAGAUAACACUAGUAAUGUUUUUAGUAGUCACUGCCUUCGUCGGCAUUGCACUGCUGAUAUGGAAAAUGGUGCCUCAAGUUGACAAAGACAACAUUUCUGUGUCCACUCAAUCUUCUUUAUCACGCAGCAGCAUCUUCAGUCGACGAAACAUUGAUAGAUUCUCCGAUAAAAGCUCUGUAUAUUCUAUUACUCUGUCUGAAAGAGACGAAGACGUCAAGAAACGCAGCGAUGCGGAUAAUACUUCUGAAGCGUAAUUUAUAUUUUUUUAAUUUCAAUAGGUUUAAGUUAUCUUAAUAUAUGUAGUUUUAAAAAAAUGCAAUCUCAAUAUCUUUAACACUAACUUGAUACUAGAUUUGUGAAUAUAAGUUUUUAAGAAAACCGGUGCGAAGACGAUGAGAAAACUUAGAUAAUUUAUAUAUCUAGAUAGAGCCUUUUGUUGUUAGGCAAGUCAUUACAACAGGCCAGGUUUAUUACUUUAGUGAGUGACAGCUACGUCUUACACUCGCGAUGCAUCUGUCACACAGUUUUAGUGUGCGUGACUUGCUGAGAAGAGGCUUAAAGUUCACCGCUAUUUUUUUCAACGUGCGCACAGCUGUCACAGUCUAUCUAGACGUAUAAAUUAACUUAUAGAAAAAAUAUAUUUGUACUUUCAAAAUACCCAUGUAAAAGUUUUUUUUUUUAAAUUGCAUUUGUUGUCACAGCGAUAAUAGAAAUCGCUGCUAAAUUAGGCAGCUGCCUAACUAUUGCUGUAUAAUAAAAUAGGUACCUACAGCCCAUUGACAGACAGACAGAGUAAACUAAAAUUAACAAAGUAACUAGUAAACUUCGGUUAGUAUCAUUGUUUUAUCCUCUAUCGGCGGUUUUCAAUAACCUAUUUAUCCUUAGUUUAACUUACUAGAGGUAGACAAAUCUAUCCUUUUACGCUUACUUAAGUUUCAAUAACCUAUCGACAGGUAGCAUUGGAAUAUAACUAAUAAUAUAACUAUAUUGGACGUAACUAUGGAUAGAUAAGAUCUUGUCAUUAAACGGUGAUAGCAAUAUAUCCGUAACUAGAGAUACGUUAUAGUAUACGGCCCUAUAACUCAUGUAGUAAAAGAUUGCGGACAGCGCACACAAUACAAUUAAACACAAAGAGUGACGACACGUUUCAACACCCGCGAGUGGCAGCUCACAACUGACAACUGACACUUGACAGCACUGUCCUCAGGGGCCUUAUUUAGAAGGGCGUCUGUACAGACUACAGAGUUAUAUUUCACAGGAUCGCGUCAUUAGUUCCUAUGUCGGCCACUAUAAGUAUACACCGUUACUUUAAAAUUACUAAAUAUUUUUUUUAUCAAUAACCAUUAUUGACGAAAAAGAAAAUAAUAAACAAUCUAGAAAAAUGUUACAUGACAAAAGAUAUUGAUAAAUUUCAAUGUGUUUUUAGAUGUACACAUUCAAAAGAACAAACUACGAAGUAUUCAAAAUUCACAAUGUUAUUAAUAAAUCGUUUACGCAAACAUGAACGGCCCCUUUCUUGGCCCCGCCCUCCUCUCGCCCUGUCAACACUGUCAUUGAUAAAUGAUACGUAGUAUUUUUAUGUCCUUAGUGACAACUUAAAAAUGUAUUUAUUAUUUUAAACAAAUUACAUAAUAUAAAUAAAUUAUUUUAAACAAAUUACAUAAUAUAAAUAAAUUAUUUUAAACAAAUUACAUAAUAUAAAUAAAAUAACAAUAAAAGAAAAAAACCUUAAAAACUACAUACUAAUAUUAAUAAGACGUGUAUAAAAAAAAAGCAAAACAAAAGAAUAACCCCCUUAUUCAUAAUAGUCUGCUAACUUAACUAAUUCUCACCCUGUCUUCUUCUAUUGACCUAAGUCAGAAUGAGAAAAAACACUCCAUAGCGGCUGUUUUAAGUUAGCGGACCAUUAUGAAUAAGCAUUUAGGUGCUAGACAUACAAACUAAAGAAUUUACGAAUACCCUCAAUGUUAACAAUAAAACUAUAAUACUACAUGUAUGUUAUCAUUUGCUGUUAUAUAUUUUUGCGUCCUUAUUGAUGAUUUAAUUGAUUUUUGUUGCUUUUUAUACAGAGUGAUUACUUUGUUAACUAAAUUGAAAGUUUAUUAUGUAAUAAUCUUGUAGAUGUCCACUACAGAAGAAAAAAUGAAUCAAUACAAAAUCUUUAAAAAUCAUAUUUACGAUCUCAUUGCCAUUCAAUUUUUUUGGUAACUAAAAAGUAAUGGUCUUAUAUAUAAUGUGUGUAUUGGAAUUUAUAUAUUUUUCAUUUGCGCUAUUGUUGUACUUUGAAGUUUAAAAUAGCAGGUGUAAUAUUCAUGUUACAACUGCAAUAUAUUGGUACAACAAAAUCUGAUGCAAUGUUUUAUAAUUAAGCUUUUAAAUGUGAUUUUAAUUUGUAAGUACUAAUCACCCAUUAUUGUAUGUAUUAGUUUAAUUUGUAAAUAUUAGUUAUAUAACAAUAGUGUUGCAUUUAUUUAUUCACAUAAUAUUAUAAGGCUAGCCAGUACAUCGCCACAGAUAAUAUUAAGAAAAAUUAAAUUUGUAACCAAAAUUUAUGAACGAUGCGGCACUAGAAUUCACAGCCUCUCGGGUUCAGUCCGAGUGCCCUUCCACUCAGCCAACCUACCUAAAUUUUGGUUACAAACUUACUUUAAUUAAUCCCAGAAGUGAGGGCAAAAUAUUAAAUUGUUUAUUUAAAAAAUUGUCAUCUUGCACAUUUGUGUGUUAAUAAAUAUAAUUAAAAAAC